CACAUUCACAGCACGCAGCAAUGUCCCAAGGAUACGACGGUUCACAAAUUCCCGAAGGCGAUGAGGAAGAUUAUCAAUUCAGUGGCCCACUACUCGUCAACAAACUACAGGAGGCUGGGAUUCACGCAAACGACAUCAAGAAGCUAGCAGAUGCUGGCCUGAACACGGUCGAGGCAGUCGCAUUCACUCCCAAGAAGAACCUGCUCGCUAUCAGGGGUAUCUCUGAGCAGAAGGCCGACAAGAUUUUAGCAGAGGCCCAGAAGAUUGUACCGCUGGGCUUCCAAAGUGCGACUGAGGUGCACGCGAGGCGGUCAGAACUGGUGCAUAUAACAACUGGAUCGAAACAGCUGGACGCACUGUUGGGAGGUGGGAUUGAAACUGGAGCCAUUACUGAACUCUUUGGCGAGUUCAGGACAGGAAAGUCCCAGAUAUGUCAUACGCUUGCUGUGACAUGCCAACUGCCAGUCAGCAUGGGAGGUGGUGAAGGGAAGUGUCUAUACAUUGACACCGAAGGGACGUUCCGCCCUGUGCGAUUGCUGGCUGUGGCGGAAAGGUUUGGUCUGAACGGAGAAGAGGUUUUGGACAAUGUGGCAUACGCUCGUGCAUACAACGCCGAUCAUCAACAAGCUCUACUCACUAGCGCCAGUGCUCUCAUGUCAGAAUCACGGUUUUGUCUCCUAAUCGUCGACUCCUGUACAGCACUCUACCGUACGGAUUUCAGUGGUCGUGGCGAGCUCUCGUCACGUCAAACCCAUCUGGGAAAGUUCCUGCGAACUCUUCAGAGACUAGCUGAUGAAUUUGGUAUCGCUGUGGUGGUGACCAACCAAGUUAUGUCGACGCCGGAUGCGGCGCCGGGCCCUUACGCUGGGAACGAGAAGAAGCCCAUUGGUGGAAACAUCAUGGCCCACGCAUCGACCACGAGAUUGCAACUGAAGAAGGGUCGUGGAAAUACCCGUGCUUGCAAGAUCUACGAUUCCCCUUGUUUGCCAGAGUCCGAGACCACGUUCGCUAUUCUGCCAGGAGGUAUUGGAGAUCCAGAGGAAGAAUCCUAGUGCUUCGUUCCUAGUUCGAUUAUUCACUGCUACCAUUACUGUACAUACAUUUGCGACUGCGAUUAAACAUGUGGAAUGCUGAGAUGGGUUCUAUAUAGUUGCAAGGGAUGGAUUCCAGUUGAAUGGUGAGGGAUCCCGUUGAGUGGUAUCCGGAGUAUGCGCAGGCAAAACUACGUACAGACCGUCCAUGUCGGUUUUUGAUAACUGGAGGGGGUUGGGCUAAGCAAGGAAGCGAGUCAAGAUGUUCGCAUCGGUGUUGUUGAUUCGUUCUUUGAGGGCGGCCCAGUCGUCGGUAGUGCUGACGUUGGAGAUAUCGGCCAUAACGUAUGCAAUCUCGCCCUUGGAAUCCGAGUACUGCUUCUCGACGUUGUAUGGGGACAACGCGUCGUUGACCUGUUUGAGGACACCAGGCUGGUUCCUGUGUACAUGGCAGAUACGAAUCUGGUUUUGCUGGUCCUUGGUGAUGGCACGCAAGUCGACUUCCGGGAAAUUGACUGCACCGAUGGUGGAACCGGU